GUCGUCUCUCACGAGUGUGCUGUCAGAAGCGAGAGCUCCUUACUGUCUGGAGCUGCACCAGUGACUGCUGGAGCAGCGAGACACGCGUCGGAUGAUGAGUGGCCUGCAGCAGGGGCACCCUCCCCGGCAGCACCAGCAGCAGCGACAGCACCCGCACCCGCAGCGGCAGCAGCAGUAGCAGCGCCUGUGGUGACAGUGGUGGCAGAAUCAUUUGGCGCAGGGGUGGCUCUCAGCCUCGCUGCUAAGCACCCGCACCUGGUCUCCCACCUCGUCAUCUGCAACAGUGGCAGCGGCUUUCGCCGCCAGCCAGCACUUCAACUGGGGGCGUUGCUGGCGCCCUUUGCGCCCGACAUUCCCUUUCUCGCCCAGCUCUCCUCCUUCGCCCUCGCGCCGCUGCUCUCUGACUGGGACAGCCUGGGGGAGAGGGAGAGGAGCUUCAUCACUCCGCCCUUCAGCACCAAAGUGCUUUCCCCAGCUACAGUGUCGCGUCGCGUUGCCAUGAUGGCGGCGCUACAGCCAUCCGACGCCCUGCUACAGUCCAUCACAGCCAGUACUCUGCUCAUUGCCAGUGGGGAGGACCGUCUGAUGCCAUCAGUGGAGGAGGCGUACGGUUUGGCGACAUGCAUCCCAUCGUGCCGCAUCAAGAUUCUGCCCUUCUCCGGCCACACCCCCUUGCUCGAGUCCGGCGUUUGUCUCCGGAACGUUCUAGAGGAAUGUGGCAUUCUGCUGCCAUCAGCUGCCUUCCCUCAAGACCCCGUUGCUGCUUCCGAUGACGAAGAAGCGGAGCCUGCUUAUAGCGAGGAUGGAAAGGCAGGAGGGAAGCAGCGCGGCAGCAACGAGGCCAGCAGGAUCGAUUCUGCGUCUGCAGUGGAAGCCGCGACCGAGGCUACCACGGAGCGCACGGGUACGACGGAGGCUGGCACUAGCACGGUUGCUUAUUCCAGAAAUCGAACUGAGACUACCACGGAGGGUAUUAGCAGCAGCACAGCUGGCAGUGCAGCAGAAGAUACAGGUGGUGCGAGCAGUGGAUUAGGUCGAGGCUCAGGUGAAAGUUCAGGUGGAACUUCAGGGAGCGGAGUGGAGGCUGAAGGGUACGGUAGUGAUCCAGGCGAGUUCAGCAUGGAAGGGAAGGACUGGGACGAUGCUGACGUGGACACUGUGCUUGGUAUAAGCAAAGAUGUCAACACGGGUAUGGGGCUUGGUGCGGUACCUGAUAGCUCUGCCUCUGCUGUGCCAUUGCAUGCUGCAGCUGCCUGUGCCUCUGCAUCUGCUGCAGAGGCAGCGGCAGCAGCAGUGGCAACGGUAGCAGGAGUGGCAACAACAGCAGUGACAGCAGUUGCGACAGCGACAGAAGCAAUAGCAGUUGCAGCAGAGCCGGGGGGAGUGUUGCCAAGUCUGGAAGAGGGGGGAGUUCGGACAGAGGGCGAGGGGGAGGGAGAUGUGUGGGUGGAAGUUUCUCGGAAGCAGGAGGAGGCUCGGGGAGAGGUGGUGCUUCGGGAAUGGUCGCAGGUUCGGGCGGCUCAGGCUCGGAAGGAGAGGGGGGUAGUGGUAGGGGGAGGGGGAGGGGUAAGGGUAGAGGGAGAACGGAGAUUGGGGGGAAGAGAGGGAGGAAUGGUGAGCAGCUGGCAGGAAUGGAACAAGAAGAGGGGGGAGCCGGGGAGAGGGGGAAGGGAUAUGCGGGACGAUGGCCGGAGUAUGAGCUCCGGAGAAGAUCAAGGGGAGAAACGUGAGGGAGAAAACAGCGUAGGACAGCACGAGGAGGGCUCUCAAACCAAGGCAGAAGGCAGGGUAGUAUCGAAAGGUCAACAGGACGACAUACAGGACGAAAAUCCAUGGUUGCAAGAUAAGAAGCUGAAACAAGGCUUGAGACAGAGCUCUGAGGCACCGGAAAGGCUCAAGCGAGGGUUGAGACUGGAUGCGUACUUUGAGAUGAUGAAAGGGAAAGGGGAUGCUGCAUGGGCUGGCUGGAUGUUCCCACAAGCUGCUGCUAACUCCCCGGCUUUGGGUAUUAUUGCCCAAGCUCCAGCAACUAUCCCCACCGCUUCUAAAAAUGGAGCUGCCACCAGCAACAUUGGUGGUGCUACCAGUGCUGUUGCAAGCAAUAGAGCAUCAAGCAAUAGAGCUGCUGAUAGUGAGCAGAUUGUUGGUGGCGCUUCCGAAGCUGCGGGUACUAUCCGGGCUGGGAAGAGUGGCGGUGCUGCUGGGGGAGCUGGUUUGACAGAGGCCGAGGAGGGAAGAGGCACGAGGGGAGGCCUGGGAAACGAAAUGGAGCUUGGGAGAAAGCAACUGGGGAGGGAAACGGAGUUGGGGAGGAGAGAAGGGAAGGGGGGGGAGGGGCGAGUGGAGAAAGGGGAAGCAAGGGGUGUGGGGGAGCAAGCUAGCGAGGAAGGGAAGAAAUAUAUGGGGUCGGUGGAGGGGAGGGUGGCAGCAGGGGAGGUGGGGAGGGCGUUGGAAGGAAUGAUGGACGACAUGCCGCAGUACCGCGUGUGGAACUGGAUCGCCCGGCCCCUCUAUAUCGGGUUGGAGAAGAUUCCUCGAAACGAAGGCAAGCUGCUCUUUGUGGGCAACCACACCAUCUUCGGCAUCUAUGACAUGCCUCUCAUGAUUCGCGACAUCCACAUGCGCACGGGAGUCACUCUGAGGGGGCUGGGCGCGCCAACCCACUGGCAGGGUCCCUUUGCUGACAAGUUCACCAAAUAUGGCGCCGUCAGGGUCUCCCCUCGGGCGUGCUACCAGCUGCUGAGGGAGGGCGAGAACAUGCUGUUAUACCCGGGGGGCGGCAGGGAGGUUGCGAAGAGGAAAGGAGAGAAGUACAAGCUCAUGUGGCGCGACACGACUGAUUUUGUGCGCAUUGCGAUUCGCUGUGGGGCCACCAUCGUGCCGUUCUCAACCAUAGGGGUGGAGGACGCCUUCGACGUGCUCAUGGACCCGGAGGAAAUCAUGGCGUCCCCUCUCGGCCCCUGGUUGAAGCCAGCACUCCAAGCCACCGGCUUGCACACAGCGCCCUUCCCCCUCGCCUCCAACGCUGGCCUGCUGCCCCGCCCCGAGCGCCUCUACUUCCUCUUCAGCGACCCCAUUCGCACAGACGACCUUGACCCGAGUAUCGUGCGCAAUAAGGAGGAGUGCAGCAGAAUAUACCAGGAGGUACGGGGUAGGGUGGAGAGUGGAAUAGAGCAGCUUAUGAAGGUUCGCCAGGAGGACCCCCUGCGAGAAACACUCCCUCGGAUAGCGGUCAACCUUUUGGACGGCUGGGAUGGCACUUGACCAACUCUUCUGGUUUAGAUUAUUUCGAUGGGAGCUGUGUGAACUGUGCAACUGCGCAGACGAAGCCGCACAGAUUCGUUCUGUUCAUUUCUUUACUACAUGCUGCUGAAAGGAGUAAUACCGGAAUGGUAGGACUACUCUUUCUGUCGUUGCAGAUCGUACCGUAUUCCCAACACCCUAGGGUAUCGUCAAAAUUUCAUUAAAAAAACGUAUGGGUGUUAUCAGUAGGCUGGAAAAAUAUUAAGCCCAUGUCUUAUGGAAAAAUGCAAAAUGA